UUUCUUGCUGAGUAGCUUGCAAUUUCUCCUUUUUCCGGGGAGAUCCGGGGAGUGUUGCAGCCACCACAUGAGUCGCAUUUCUUGAAAAUGCUGAGUGCAUCUGUAUCGACAUCGAGCUGCCGACUGCGGAGCGCAUUUCAUUGCCCGUUGUGCCGCUGGAGUAAUCUGUAGUAACACUUCCUUUUGGCAUCUUGUCCCCAUGCGAAGAACCUAGCCCGUUUGACUUGUGUUUCGGCUUCCCGUGCGGUCAGGAAAGGGUGACGCUCGCGUCGUUUGUUCUUUUAUGAGGCUCCUCCAUUCUCCUCGGUCUCAGCGCUCGAAAGCGAGACCAGCGGCAAAAUACUCAACACCUUAGUCGUUUGUGUAGUUUUGUUUAUUGUUUGCUUUCGAACUGCUCGAACAUUCUUCAGAGGAAAUGGCGAAGAAGCGCCAAAGAGGAGAGACUGACGGGGAGGCCCGCGGUGUCACCGCCCCUCCAUCGGCUGCCGAGGUCCACUCGCAAACGAAGAGAAGAAAAGGUGGGGAUCGUUGGAAGCAAGUGAUGUUGGAUGCGGCGACGUUGCGUGAGUGUCAGAUGGAGGGGAUGGCCGAACUGGAAGAGCUGGAUGGCGGUGAAGCGCUUAUUUUCGACCCCUCAGUCCUUAGCCUAGACAGCGUUGCAGAGAGCCCAGAGUCGGCUGUGGCCAGAGUGGUAUCUGGGAAGGGGAAGCAGCGGAAAACAGGAAAAAAGAAGGUUAAGGACAGCUCUCAAGAUUCCUUGUCCAGUGACUUUACAGUCAAGUCCGCUUUCAAGACCCCCGGACACGGGAGGGAGCCUGUAAAGGCUUCCGAGGAAGCGGCGGAUCCGGCUUCGUCUCACAAGAGCAAGAGCCGCAAGAGUGUUCGUUCUUCUUCUUCAGACACUCGAAAGAAUUCCACAGCUUCUGACCGCUCCUCAGCACCGGCGAGAGCACUGUAUCAGUCAAAUGCUUCCCCGACCGCAUGCGGCGACGCUGCGUCGGCCUCACCCCCUUCCCGGAUGCCGCCUCGCUGUACACUGGAUGACGCGACGGAGCAGUGGCAGUUUGUCACGGAGCUUCGAACCGCUCUUCCUGCAUGGCUGUCUGCUCUCGACUCGUCCUCGGAAGACCUCCUGCACCCCGCCGUGCUACGCGCUCUGCAGGACUGUCGAUUCUUCGCUCCAACUCCCAUUCAACGUUCUGUGCUUCUCGCGGCUCUUCGAGAUCGAAAGGACAUCGUCGGCGCCGCGGAGACGGGAAGCGGGAAGACACUUGCGUACGGGGUGCCCAUUGUCUGCAACUUGCUGGCGCAAGCGCUUCGGCGAAACGAGAAAGAGAUCGAGCACAAAAACAAAACUAAGACACUAAAGAAGAAGCGGAAGAUGCGUGUGGAAGGUGGCGGCGAGGCAGCUGGCGACGCGUGGCCGAGCUCGAGUGAUGACGAGCAAGAACCGGAGGAAGCAAGUGACAGCGGAGAGGCUAGCUCGGAAGCGGGGAAGGGAGCUGGCAACAUAACAGGAGGCCCAAAGAGUGUAGGCGGCAAAGUCGAUGGGCCAGAGUGUCUUAUUGUCGUUCCAAGCCGAGAACUUGCACUUCAGGUCCAGCGCCACCUGGAGGCGCUCUGUGUCUAUACACCGCUGGCGGCUGUCUGUCUCGUCGGCGGCCUUGCCCUGCAGAAGCAGCUUCGACUUCUAGGUCAAGUGAGGCCUCAAAUCGUCAUCGGGACACCCGGACGUCUCUUCGCCGUGAUUCAGGACGCCCAAACCAGUGUGUCUCGCUCGCUGGCCCUUGGUGGAGAUAAUGGCAUCGUGGACCACGAGCCGGUCUUAGGCGAGGAGUCGAACGGGGCGGGGCACCCUGACAGAGGCACACAGAACGGAGAAGGCAACCGCCGCGGCCGUAUCGAGCGCGGUCAGGAGUUCAUGGCUUCCUUGCAUACACUCCGUUUCCUUGUGCUCGAUGAGGCGGACAGGCUAACGCAGGAAGGGUGCUUCCAGGAGAUGGAGGGUCUCCUCGACGCCAUUUACAAGGCGCAGCCUUCUCCGAAGAAGGCGAAGAACGCCGACACGAAAAGGCGGCGAGGCAACUCUCGCGAAAACGACGAAAACGCGUUCGCGCUCGGUGAGUGCCGCAAGAUUCAAACCUUUAUCUUCUCAGCGACUCUUGCUAUGGACCCCUCGAGUCGCCAAAAGAAAAAACACAGACGGGAAGCUAAAGACCGACAAAGCGUUCUGCAAGCCCUUAUGGACCGGGUGCACUUGCGAAAGAAACGCCUGGCGGUUUUUGAUCUCAGUAUAAAGGACGGGGAUACGACGAAACUCAAGCAGAGCUUAAGUCACGCAGACGAUCCAGAUUGGAAAUUCGGUAAAGCGGGCCACCCACCUGGAGAGCACAACCACGCAGCGGGACCUCUCAAGUUGCCUGACGGUCUCUCCAUCACGGCGCUGAAGACGGCCGCAGGCGAAGAGGAGCUGUAUCUGGUUCUCUUUCUGCUCAAGCUCUUUGUGUCUGCUCCCGCAAACGAGCCUCUGAAAGUCAUGAUCUUUGUCAACGCCAUCUCCUACGUCUACCGUUUAGAUCCGAUUCUCAGCCUUGUCCUGGGUCGCGACAAACACCAAGCAUGCCAGCGAGGUGGCUCCAAGGGUGCCCCUUUGGCUGAAGUCGUUGGCCUACACUCAAAUCUUCAACAGAAACAACGGCUGAAGCGCGUGGAAAGGUUCCAGAGCGCGAACCGCGCUGUGAUCGUCUGCACGGACGUCGCAUGUAGAGGUCUGGAUCUGAAGCAAGUGAAGGAGGUUAUCCACUUUCAAGCUCCUCGGUCGCCCUCUAUCUUCGUUCACAGAAGUGGACGGACAGCCCGGGCUCAGCAGUCGGGUGAAACAGUUUGCGUUUUGAGCCCGACCCAAGUCACCGAGUGGCUGCAGGUGCUGAAGCCGGUGCAGAUAAAUGUCGGAGAAUUGGACCCGCCUGCGUGCAUGCACAAAAGCUCUCGAGUGUACAGUCAGCUGACGAAAGUGAAGAGAAUUCUUGCAAUCGCAACUCAGAUUGAAUCUGCGGGACAUCACAAAGCUAAGGAACGACGGGCGACUUCAUGGUUGAAAAAGGCGGCGCAGGCGGCUGAUAUCAUGCUUGACUCUGAUAUUUCGGAAGACGAAGAGGCGUCAGCGAGGAGUGCAGCUCAGGCCAGGACGACGUCAAUUCUAAGGACGGAACUGUCUCAGCUUGUCAAAUCUCUCAAGCUCCUUUAG